AUGUCCUCCCCCAGUUCGCCCGGCCUCGCCGGAAGGCACCCCCACAUCAAAGCCCGCAACUCCUACGUGGAUGAGACGCUGUUUGGGCGCCCCCGUCCCAGCAGCUCAUCAAAGAGCGGCAGUGCCUCUCCCACCAAGCCCGGCAUUGCGCCGGGCAGGUGCGGCGGCUCUGCCAGCAGCAGCCCAUGCUGCAGCCCGGGACGACCUGCGGCAAGCUCUGGCGCCGCAAGCCCCGGCAAGGCUGGCAGCGUGGUGCUGACCAAGGCGCAGCUGGACCGCAUGCUUCAGAAGUCGCCCAUCCUGACGACGGCAGAGCUGGAGCAGCGGCGCAUGGAGGCGGAGGAGAGGCUUGAGGAGGAGCUGCGGCAGGCCAAGGCUGUGCGGGCGGGGCGUGAGGCGGCGGCAGCGGCCGACACCGACAAGGCACUGCCCAAGAGCGAGAUGGAGCGCAUGCGGGAGAGGGAGCGGAGGGAGGUCAUCAACAGGGCGCAGCUGGCGCUGCUGGAGGAGAAGGAGGAGGUGAAGCAGAUGAACCAGAUGAUUCAGUUCAGCAAGUGCAUGGCCACGCGGGACCAGCAGGUGGCGGAGAAGGCGGCGGCCAAGGCGGUGGCGGCGCAGGAGGAGCGCAGGGUGGUGGAGGAGAUGGAGCAGCGGCGCCAGGCGGCGCUGGAGGAGCUGGAGGAGCGGGAGCGUCGGCUCGUGGUUGAGCAGAAGCGCGGCGCCCUCACCAUCCUGGACCAGCUGGCAGACAGGGAGCGGGAGCGGGCGGCCAGCGAGGAGGCGCGGCGCCGGGAGGGCGAGGAGAUGAAGACCCGCAUCCAGCAGCUGAGGGAGGAGGAGCAGCAGCGCGAGGAGGAGCGCAAGGCUGCGGGGCGUGCGCUGAUGGAGGAGGUGGCGCAGGGCAAUGCUGAGCUGGCGGAGCGCAAGCGCCGGAUGAAGGUGGCGGAGGCGGAGGAGGCGGCGCAGAUUGCAGAGUACAUCCGCCAACGCGACGCGCGGGAGCAGGAGCUGGCUGACGAGCGCGAGCGGGUGGCCAGGGCCAAGGAGGUGGAGGUGGCGCGCCUGCGGGCGAUGCAGGAGAAGAUCCUGGACAACCGCUCCGCGCAGGCACGGUUGCGCGGCUGCCUGGCUGCCUGCCUGCUGGGAAGGCCUGGGCUGGCCUGGGACGAGGCGCGUGCCAAGCGGUACCAGGAUGAGCUGGAGAUGGCGCAGCGGGGCAGGGAGGCUGCGGAGCGCGAGAAGCGGCAGGCGAUGCAGCGUGACCUGGAGGCGUCGCGCGUGGCGCAGAUGGCGCGCAAGGCGGCGCAGCGCGCCGAGGCGGCCCAGGUGGAGCAUGCCGAGUUUGAGCGCAUCCUGGCGGUGAAGCGGGGGAUCCUCAGGCGGGAGCACGUGGAGGUGGGUGGGCUCCGCACGAGCCAGCCGGGCAUAGCGGCGGCACUGGCGCGGGGCGCCCCUGCCGCCGCCACCGAGCUGGUGCUUGAGCAGCCGCGGCGCCGCGACCUGCUGGACCGGCGGCUGACAGAGGAGCUGACCAGCCAGGGCGACAAGUACCUGCAGGCAUGGUCGGAAAAGUGCUACGGCCUGCGCGACGGCUCGCCCGGCAAGGGCGCCGCCGCCGCCACCGCCGUCGGCGGCAGCAGCCUGAAGGCUCGGCGCGCCGCCGCCGCAGGCUAUUCCAAGGAAGAUGCCGAUCUGGACGCUGCAGGCGAGGCAGGGGGGAGAGGAGGCAAGGCAGCAGGCGCCAGUAUGCCCUUCUCGGGGUGCAGGGUGCAGGGCACAACACAAGCCGUGCGCUACCUGGACGUCUUCCGCCACCUGCAGCAGCAGGCCUUCAGGCACGACGCCGCCUUUGAGGCGCGCCAGCUGGAGCUGCUGGUGCUGGUGCUGCGCAGCGACGUCAUCCACGCCAUGGGAGACGUCUCCCACCAGGCCGCAACCCUGCUCCACGCCUACCUGCGCCGCUUCCCGUACGCCUCGCUGGGGCGCCACCGGGGCGGCGCGUUCCAGGGCCGCCCUUUCCUCAUCCUGGACGAGCAGGCGGCAUGGGAGCCGCUGGCGGCGGUCGCGGACCUGAGUGGCCUGUCCAAGAAGUACAUCUUUGAGGAGGCCAUCAAG